UCGUGGUGAAUGCGGGUGCGCCGCAUUUAUUUGUUUAUUUCGUAUUGAAAACUGAAAUCACAAACGGGAUUUUAGUUGCUUUGUUUGUUUUUGGUUUUUUUUUUACGUUUGUAGAAUUUGUAGAGAAGAUGCCUCCGACGGAGACAUUGCGUCCUGGUGAACGUGGAAAUGGUGCCGGAGGGGUUGGUGGAGGAGAACAGACAUACAUGAUCAGGCAGAGUAACAAAUUUUAUGAACAUCGCGAUUCCCAAGCCACAGCCAUGUCCGUGGACUACACCGGACAAUGGGUGCUGCUGGCAGGACGUGGCCACCUGGCACUCCAGCGACUGGGCCAAGAUGAUGGCACUCUGCGACGUCAUGAGCGGCAAUCCAAAUAUGAAGUGUCGGUGGCAGAGUUUGCCAUAUGUCCAAGCCGCAAAGAAUACUGCGCCAUAGCGACCAAUCAACACAUUGACAUUGUACGUUGGGGCCCGGCAGAGCCUUAUUAUGAAAACUCGCUGCGAGGACAUACUCGAACGGUCACAGACAUCGAUUGGCAUGGCAAGGACGCCAAUUUAUUGGUCAGCUGUUCCAUUGAUACGUUCUCACACAUUUGGGACUUGCGUGAACCACGUAAACCAGUUGUUUCCCUAAAUGCUGUCUGCAUGUCUGGAGCCACCCAGGUGGGUUUCAAUCGCGUUUCGGGCAAUCUAUUGGCUGCCGCUCAUGACGGUGACUUGAGGAUUUGGGACAUACGCAAGGGCAGCUGCCCCACACAUUAUAUUACAGCCCAUUUAAAUCGGGUGCAUGGCAUAAAUUGGAGUCAUCGCCGGGAGACAUGUUUGGCCACCGCCAGUCAAGAUGGCACUGUCAAAUACUUUGAUGUCUGCAAUCCGAGAAGAGCAGAGAAAAUCAUUACCACAUUAUCGCCGGUAUGGAGAGCUCGAUAUACGCCCAUUGGCAAUGGGCUGGUUAGCAUUGUUGUCCCUCACUUGGGACGUGGACAGAAUAGUUUGCUCCUAUGGAGCAAUAGCAAGCAAACUGAUCCCAUUUGCUCAUUUGUGGGCCACACCGAUGUCAUCCUUGACUUUGCAUGGCGUCCAAAUCGUGAGAGCUCCACGGAAAUUGAAUUGGUUACCUGGUCGCGUGAUCGCACUUUAAGGGUGUUUAAGAUCGAUGAUAAUAUGUUAAAACUGUGUGAACCCUCGGCCGAAGAGCAAGUGGAGGUAACCAUCCAGCCUCGUUAUGAUGCGGAUCUAAGGGAUUUGAGGGCACUAACGCCACCUGAAUGCUUUCUCAGUCCCCGGCCUCCAGUUUUGGCGGCUGCUUCACUGCCCAUUUCAACUGGCGAUGGAGCAUGCCAUACACUACCCAUGGCCCGAUCGCCCAAUUUCGGGGCUGGCUAUUGUCGACGAGAAGAGCCACAUAUAGCCAGAUCUCUGACAGAUCAGCCGACAUGCUCACUGCAUCAUGAGUUCUCGUUGCUAAACACAAAUAUGCCCCAUGUAGAGGUGGAUAUGCUAGAUGCCAUUAAGCGUUAUGCAUGUUUUCGCAUUUGCGUUGGAGGCCACACAGUUAUCCUGCAGGUGACGUUUGCCACAUCCUAUCCAAGUCCCAGUGUGCCCCCCGAAUUCCAAUUGUGUCAGGGUACAACCUUGUCCACUGAGGUCAGCGGCGUAUUGCUAAAGGUUCUGCGCGGCAAUGCUCUGCAGAGGGUGAAGAAAUCGCGCACUUGCCUUGAGCAAUGUCUACGUGCCUUGGUGGCGGCCAUGAAGAAGAAAGUAGCAGCCGUCGGAGGCGGUAGCAUUGGGGGUGGCGAUCGUAGUCAGUUUCUCUUGCAAUCACCCAGAUUGGAGGGGGCUUUGUCAAGUACUCUGCAUGAUGCCUGCAUACCGUUUCCACGCACUUCAGGUGUCCAUUUCAAUGCAACGGGAAUGUUGACAACAUUUGCUCAGCUGAUGAAUAAUAAGCGACUGACUCUGCGUCAGCAUCAGGCCAUGACCCCGAGAACUUUGUCGGCCAUUAAUGGUAGCGGCUUACUGGGCAAUGUUAUGGCGACGGUUCAAAGAGAUGCAAAUGCUUCGUUCUAUCUACAAGAGCGCAUGAUUGCAGGAAAACCUAGCAAACAGAGAGCCAUUCGACAAAUGAAUGGUAGUCCCAUGGUCCACAUUUACGACGCCAGCAGUUUGCUUCAUAUAAAUCGGGAUAUGGCCAGAGAGUUCUCGUUGGAUAAGCGUAAUAUUGCCGAUACUUGUCGUCGCAAUGGCGAAAUAUGUCGUUCUUAUGGACGUUUAGAUUUGUUACCCAUAUGGCUAUUGGCCGAAUUAAUAGCCACUCCGUCACAUCUACCACAAGAGACGAUGAACGAGGACCCGUUUAGGAAAUCGCUGCUGGAAUCUUUGAUUAUGCAUUAUGCCAACUCUGGUGAUAUACAAACCGCUGUCCUCUUGGCAUGUCUCUUUGACAAGUGUCCAAGCGAAGACAUGCCCAUUGAUGCUUGCCGCCUCAUAGCUCCUCAGUUGAACUCACAGAUAUCACCAUACCACACUGUCUUGCCGCUUGAUACGAAAUGUUCAAACUCCAACAGGCAACAGUUGAAACAAUUUCGUAGUAAUUCCUGGUCCGAUUCAAUGGAUUGGAUGGAUUUCAGGCAGUUUCAAUCCGAUUCCAAUGCCUGUUCGCUAAUACGGCGCACCAAGAUGCCACUAUUCGAUCAAUUUAAGCGUGCAUAUGCUGAGAUACUCUUCGGUUGGCAGCUCCUCUCAAAGCGUGCCCUUAUCCUGAAGCACACACAGAAUGCGCCGCCUCAGCAACAGGGUGUGGAAUUUGUCACCGAGUGUUUGGAAUGCAAUAAGCCCAAGCGUACACCGAAAUGUGAACAGUGCAAGAGACCAGUUCUAUUCUGUAUGCUCUGUUGUCUGCCUGUGCGUGGUGUGGCCAAUGCUUGCCUGGCAUGCGGUCAUGGUGGACACACACAGCACAUGAUGCAGUGGUUCGAGAAUCAUAAUGUCUGUGCCACUUGCGGCUGCAGUUGCUUGGAGCGUACUUCUGAGCUGUUGGCCUUGAUUAGCUGAUCUCACUUUGGCUUCUUAAGUUUUGUUUCGUUUUUAUAUUUUUCUUCCUUCUUUUUUAUUCCAUAUACGAUCAUAAUCUGUUAAACGUUAAUUAGUCUUUAAAGGAUUUCAUAUUUUGUAAUAAACACAUUUUGUGACAUAAAUAUAUACAAAAAUACAUAC